AUGGCUCUGCAGGAAGCUAGCGAGGCCUAUCUGGUCGGUCUGUUCGAGGAUACCAAUAUGUGUGCCAUCCACGCCAAGCGUGUCACUAUCAUGCCGAAGGACAUCCAGCUGUCUACUGGAGGGAAGGCUCCUCGCAAGCAGUUGGCAACGAAGGCCGCUCGUAAGAGCGCUCCAGCCACCGGAGGUGUAAAGAAGCCCCAUCGCUACCGGCCAGGCACCGUCGCCUUGCGUGAGAUCCGUCGCUAUCAGAAAUCCACCGAACUGCUGAUCCGAAAGUUGCCUUUCCAACGUCUGGUUCGUGAUAUUGCCCAGGACUUCAAGACCGAUCUGCGCUUCCAGAGCUCAGCUGUUAUGGCUCUGCAGGAAGCUAGCGAGGCCUAUCUGGUCGGUCUGUUCGAGGAUACCAAUCUGUGUGCCAUCCACGCCAAGCGUGUCACUAUCAUGCCGAAGGACAUCCAGCUGGCUCGUCGGCCACCACAAUAA